GUCUGACGAGAGCCGGAGCAGGCAGUGGGAGGUGGUGGCGGCGGCGGCGCGGGUGCCUCAGGAGGAGGAGGAGGAGGAGAAGCGGAUGAGACUGGAGACCGAAACGCUUGCCAAAUCCUGCGCAGCUCACAAACGGCCCUUCCCGGGGCGCCGCCCCUGCCCCUGCAUUGUGCCCCCGACUCUUGGCCAGAGGCAGCAUGGUCCGCGGGGCACCAUGGGACCUGACAGAGUGACAGCCAGAGAGCUGUGUGAGAAUGACGACCUUGCCACCAGCCUUGUCCUGGACCCCUACCUCGGCUUCCGCACCCAUAAGAUGAACGUCAGCCCCGUGCCCCCCCUGCGGCGACAGCACCACCUGCGCUCAGCGCUGGAGGCCUUCCUGAAGCAGCGGGACCUGGAGGCUGCGUACCGGGCCCUGACGCUGGGAGGCUGGAUGGCCCACUACUUCCAGAGCCGGGGCCCGCGGCAGGAGGCUGCCCUCAAGACCCACAUCUAUCGCUACCUCCGAGCCUUCCUGCCUGAAAGCGGCUUUACCAUCCUGCCCUGUACACGCUAUUCUAUGGAGACAAAUGGAGCCAAGAUUGUGUCUACCAGAGCUUGGAAGAAGAACGAGAAGCUAGAACUGCUGGUGGGCUGCAUCGCGGAGCUGCGGGAGGCUGACGAGGGGCUGCUGAGGGCCGGCGAGAACGACUUCAGCAUCAUGUACUCCACCCGCAAGCGCAGCGCACAGCUGUGGCUGGGCCCCGCCGCCUUCAUAAACCACGACUGCAAACCCAACUGCAAGUUUGUGCCCGCAGAUGGGAACGCAGCCUGUGUGAAGGUACUCCGGGACAUUGAGCCGGGGGACGAGGUAACCUGCUUCUAUGGCGAAGGCUUCUUUGGUGAAAAGAAUGAGCACUGUGAAUGCUAUACCUGUGAGAGGAGAGGCGAAGGGGCCUUCCGACUGCGGCCCAGGGAACCCGCGCCCCCGCGGCUGCUGGACAAGUACGAGCUCCGGGAGACCAAGCGGAGGCUGCAGCAGGGCCUGGAGGGUGGUGGCCGGCUGGGCCCCAGGGCCUGCGCCCACCUGUCCCCACUGCUCCGGGACCCGUUCUGUGCUGCCUGCCAGCCCCUACGCCCCCUGCCCUGCGGCGCCCGCCCUGACGCCUCGCCCCUCUGGCUCCAGUGGCUGCCUCAGCCCCAGCCCCGGGUGCGCCCCCGGAGACGCCGACGCCCCCAGCCCCGGAGGGCCCCAGCUCCCCCCCUUCUCCGUGCUGCCCGCGUCUCCCUGCACCAGUGGGGAGGCUGUGGCCCCCGAUGCUGCCUGCAGGCAGAGGCCCUGGUGGCCCUGGGCCCGGCCCCCCGCGCCCACUGGGCCCCUCAGCAGGACUGGCACUGGGCCCGGCGCUAUGGGCUGCCUUACGUGGUGCGCGUGGACCUGAGCCGGGUGGCCCGGCCCCCACCUGCUGCCCCCGCCCCUGCCCCUGCCGGGACCCCAGGCCCCACCCCCAUCCCCAAGAAGGCCCUCGCCUUUGCCCCCUUCUCCCCACCCAAGCGCCUGCGGCUGGUGGUCAGCCAUGGCUCCAUUGACCUGGACGUCAACGGUGACGGGCCGUGAUGGGCCGGAGGGGAGGCCCCAGGCCAGGAGAGGAUGGGAUCCUGCCUAGUUCCCCCUCCCCCACGGCCCCAUGUUCUCGGGGACUCACUGACCUCUAGAAGGAGCUCUUGGACCUCUGGGAGGGAGCUGGCCCUGGACCCCAGCACAGUUCUUACCGGGCUGGGGGCUGGGUCGGUUUGGAGACACCCAGGGAUCUGACCCCUGACCCUUUGUGACUGCUGACCCCUGAGCCGCCCCCGCCCCAUUGGGUGCCCUGGCCGCUGCUGCCCCACCCCCAUCCCCAACUCCAACCUCAGGACUACAGGAGCCGUUCCCUUCCCUACCCCCCUCCUGCCCAGGGAGCAAAGCCAUAAGGGGUGGGGGCCGCCCCUUGGUGUCUCCCCGGAAGCCCAGGCCUCAGGAGGCGGUGGAACUGACCUGGGGGCGGCCCCCCCUAGAGACUGCCCUGCAGAGGGGAGUGGGUUUGGGCUCAGCUCUGCGACUGUCUGAGGUGGGGGGGGCAAGGUGGAGGGAUGUCUGGGACACGUCCUCACCACCCCGUGGGUCUCAGGGAGGCCGGACGCGACCUCAUCUUUCUCAUGGUGCUGUCCCUGGUGCUACUGGGGUGUGGGGGUCCCUCCCCUCCCCCACACCAGAACGGGGUAUGUUGGGGGAUUGAAAGCACUUGAACUUUUUAUUUUAUUAAAACCUUGUUAUAAGCA